AUGGAAACCGAUACGGUCAUUGUCGGCAAUGGGCCGUCGGCUAUGAUCCUUUCGUACAUUCUACAUGGCCAUCUUCCCUUUUACUCGGAGAACCCUCCACACCCAGAUCCUUUACUGGAUGCCAAGUUAAAAGAUGCGCCUAACCUGUUGAACGCUGAUGUGGAUGCUUUGACGGCGCAUUUCGCCGCCUCUCGUCUUUCGUAUUCGACCCAGGCAUUACCCGUCAACGUGCUUCUGGAUACACUGGUGCGACCUAGUGUCGACGUUGAUGAGACUGGCACCACCUCCAAUGUUGAGUGGCGCCAUGUACCUGAAAAGGCCGUUUCGCACCUCGUCUUUGGAAAGCCGUCGUAUCCGGGAGGUCAGUGGACUGAGGAUCCCCAUGGGGCCAGUUGGGAUAUCCAAACCCUGAGCUACGCAGCGAUGCUGUCACUCCCGGGCUACUCUUUCGCAGACCACCAUAGGAAGGCCACUGGCCAGGAACUGCCACCGUACACGCGGCCGACGAGGCGCGAGAUCGCUGACUACUUCGGUGCAUACCCUGUGGCGGUCCACAUCGACGACGUUUUCCGAUGUGGGGAAGAGCUGGAAGGCAUCUCCCGCACCGCCGACGGCUUCUACAUUCAGUCCCACAAUAUCCAUUGCAAGCGCUUGGUGCUAGCGAGCGGUAUUUUCUCGGAAUUGCUACCACCUGCGCCAAUCCUUCAACCCAUCCUUCAAACCCAAUCUAGACCCGAAACCUCCCUUCUCGUCAUCGGCUCUGGAUUUUCCGCUGCGGAUGCUAUCAUAUCUGCCCCACCUGACCAACAAAUACUGCAUAUUUUCAAAUGGUCUCCUGCGGAUCGUCCAUCGCCUCUCAGGAGCUGUCACCAGCGGGCGUACCCGGAAUAUGCCGGUGUGUAUCGAUUAAUGAAGCGAGCCGCCCUUGCCGCAGACGCCACCAAGGACCAGCCGCCUAAAAGCCGCCGCAGCACUUCAACUCCCUUCUUGGAGAAUCGGAAGUGGGACGAUGUCUAUGAGGGCAUUUGCAAUGUUGAAAUCACCGGCGUGGAGGUCGUGGACGAUUUGGCUCAAGUCAGUUUUCGUCGUGCAGAUGGUUCCACGUUGACUCGGUCAGUGCGGGGUCUCGUAUACGCUGCUGGCCGGCGGGGCACCUUGGGCUAUCUGGAUUCCAAACUGCAAUCCGAGGUGCUGGGUCAUGAGUUGGUCGAUACGGCUAUAACUGGCCAGACUCUUCGCGCGAAAGCGACCGAAGAUCUGCAAGUUACCCCUGGUGUGCAUAUAAUUGGCAGCUUGACCGGUGACUCGCUAGUCCGCUUUGCCUACGGAGGCUGUGUCUCCACCGCAGGUCAUCUACUUGGUGAUCGAGACACCGACAGGGAAGCGCGCAGCAUGGCUAGUAGUAUCGUAUCAACUCGUCCCCAAUCUUCCUCCCUCGCCGUGAUGAAUGGGAUGGACGGUCACCAUAUAUAUCCCAAUACCGGGUCUGAUCUGACAAGAGAAGAUACUUUUAACAAGGUGUCGACGAUGACAAUACCUGCAGCCGCGCAGAGCUGGUGGAAAACGCUGGCGCAGAUGUGGAAGGAUCUAACACAAUAA